AUGGUCUGCCCGUGGCUCGCCGUCGUGGCUCUGCUGACGGCCUGCUCCGUGCAGGUCUCUACAGCAGCCACCUUCGCCUACAGUCAGGAGGAGAAGCCAGAGCGGCUCGGCCAGUGCUACCACGGCGGCAACACCAGCCUGCUGCUGGGGAACGGCGACGCCUGGCACCCGCCCGGCGCCUGCGAGCGGCUAGUCUGCGUGUCCGGCCCCAGGCCCGGCCGCAUGACGCUGCUGCACUUCACGUGCGACGCGGCAGAGCCUGGGACCGGGUGCGUGCUGCGGCCGGGCAACCACCGCCUCCGUUUCCCCUACUGCUGCGACACCGCCGAGUGCCCCGAGGACUAGCCGAGCCGAGCUUGUGCAAAUAAAAGUAGAAUUGUUCUUUUAAAAAAAUAAAAUUAUUUUCACCCA